AUGCCGCCGAAGAAGCUGUCCAUCUCGCGGAUACGUGCAGAAAGCAGAAAACGUAGUGACGAUCCCGACCUCAAUCGCUCGUCCUCCUCAUCGAGCCGUGCCAGCAAGCGAUACCGUUCCGCCGCCGGAGCUACUUCCUCCUCUUCCGCUCGCUCACACAAGGCGAAGCGACCUCCGCAACCUAAAAUCAGCGCUCGCAUCUUGCGUAUCUAUGAGGAUGAUAUCGAGGAGUGCGAGAUCCAAAACAGAUUUGCACCCGACCUACGAACCGAACGUCAAAACGUCUCGUAUCGUCCGCUCACCCUUUCGCAACAGGCUCGUCGAGAUGGAGCCGAUUUUCAGCUACCAUCGCUGGCGAGCGCUUGUUGCUCUGUCGUAGCCAGUUGCUUUAGUUCCCUCUUGCCGUCUCGUGAGCACUUUGAUGCUGCCGCUGCGGCGGCUUCCGGUGGUUCAAGGGCAUCUUCAGGCAGCUCCAGACCUAUCAAGAACGCACAUACUCUCCAAAAGAGACCGAGCACGCGCAAGAAAUCCAAGCCAAGAGCAUUCGGCGCACCGCCUGACUCGGAAGAUGACCAAGCAGAUUACGUCCCCAGCGACGAGGAGACUGUCGCAUCCGGGACGGCAGCCAGAUCCACGCGCAGUCGAGCCGCCGCCUCGACCAGUAAGGCCGCGAGCGGCAGCGGCUCAAACCAACUCUUAGCAGGAUGGACCACCUCCGAGCUCCACUACCUCACACGCAAGACGUCCGAGCAGCUCAAGCUUUUGUCGCCAAACGCUUCGUUUCUGCUCUACAAAGCGCUGGUUGAACAGGCGCCUCAAUACCUCACAAAGACGGUCAUCAGCAGCUACUUUCUCCCGCCCAUUCUCGACAAAAGUGCGUUGACGGUAUCUUCAGCGACGACAGCUGCAAAGACACACAUCUGGCUGCCAGCUUCGUUACCUUUGCUGGCCCACGACAGAUCGGCUGCGUCAUUUCUGGUCGGGCACAUGACCUCAGCGAUUACAGCUGCUCGUGAGCAUCGGCCGUCCACGUUGAGCCAGGGCUUUGCUGAAAAUCUGCCGCUCGCUGCCCUGCCGCCGAGGAUCACUUUGGCGCAACCCAUGUCGUUUGCACUGCGGUCGCUGCAGCUACACGGUCUUACGCGGCUGCAGGAUGCCACAUUGGCACGCUUCUUCGAAGCAGCUGCACCGUCCUCCUCACAGCAGCCCGAGUCCAUCCUACGUCUCGAUAUCAUCUCUCUGCGAGGAUGCAUCGCGAUAGCUGAUCGAAGCGUCACCGCCAUGUGCCGCGCUACAGGCUCAACUCUUCGAUAUCUCAACUUGGACUAUACCGACAUCUCCGCCGACUCGGUGGCGACGAUCAUGACCCACGCUCCUGAGCUGCGAACGCUCAAAUUGGGAUACAACGAGAACCUCUCGGACAAGACGCUUCAAGUCGCGCUCGAGGCACCGAAGACCGGCAAUGUGCUGCCGUUUUCGACACUCGCCAACCUGCGAUUACGACGUUGCGAGCAAGUGGGCGAGGCCGGUAUCGCGAUGUUCCUGAGGUACGCGUACUCGACGUUGGAAGUGUUGGAUGUAUCGGACACCAACGUCAGCAGGCUAAGGCCUGACAUCAAGUUUCUGGGUCUCGCUUUCUCCCCCACCGGCAAUAACACGACUCUGCCGUUGCGCAAAAUCAACCUGCAGGGGGCCAACUUCGAUUGCGCUACAUUAGCCAACUUGAUCGAUCGGAGUCCGAACUUUGAGACGUUGAUGGUGGAUCAGAAGUGGCACACGCACGCUCCCGAUGACGCGACACAGCUGCUGCAGAAGCUCGUGGCCAAGGAGGACGAGGGCGGAUGGAGGAAUCGGAAGUGGAAGCGAUUGUGUGUGCGCACAAUCGAGCCGGGCAGUGAUUUUCAGCGUCUCCUACCCGACUUGUUUUCUAUCUUCCCCAAACUGCGACUGGGCCCGCUGGAUUCACCUUUCUUCGACAAGUCGAUCGAGUAUACCGUGCCUGCCGAUUGCAAGGUGCAACACCUUUGGCUGAGGAGUGCGCGUCUCGGCGACAAGUGGAAAUUCCUACCCGAAAUCACGACGCUGAGGACGCUCGAUCUUACCAAUUCCGACGUUCCUGAAUCGAUUGUGAAGGCGACAAUCAAAGCGAACCCGUUUCUCGAGUGGAUCGACCUGUCCGCGUGCCAUUCGAUGCGCGUCACUACGCGCCGCAAUGCGUUUGACCUUGUCGCCGACGAACCUCCCACCUGA